CUUGAUUAGUACAUUUAUCAUUGUGCAUAUGUUCUCUCCUCAGUCAUUCCCAAGUAUUUUUCUUCUCAAUAUCUCCACCACUUCUUCACAAAAUUUGAACAUCCAAAAUAUAAUUAAAAAACAAAAACAAAUCUUGAAAAUCCCAAUUUUCUUAAAUCUUUGUGAUUAAUAGUUGCAUGGGAUUUAAUUUGUGAUAAAUAAUAUUUCUUUUUGGUCAUCAUAAUUUUUCUUCUUGUUGAUGGAGUAUUACUAUUGCAGUGUUAGAUGGAGGAUUAUACACAAAAAAAUCCUUGUAUUUUUUACACUCUCAUUCUUCUUUUUUGUAGCCUACAAAACCCUCAAUUCUACAAGUCUCUUUGAGAUCAAUUUUGGAUUGGCUGCUAAAGCUGAUUUUUCCAUCCAGAGAUUCAAGAAGGCGACCACAAAUACAAGGAGGAUUUUAGGUGGCUUAGGAUCAUCGCCGCCGCGGUGCAUCUUGAAAUGCGGCAGAUGCACGCCAUGUCAUCCGGUCCACGUGGCGGUGCCACCGGGGACUCCGGUGACUGCAGAGUACUACCCAGAAGCAUGGAGGUGCAAGUGUGGCAACAAGUUGUACAUGCCCUAAUUUAUAUGAUCAUUUUUAUAUAACAAAAAUUGUGAAGGACAUGAAUGUCAUUAAUUAAUUUACAUUUAAUUAAUGACUAGAUAGCUAGGAAUAUCAAAAUGAACUAAUUAAUUAUUGACUCUUACUUUAUAUUAUGGGAGGAAAUUAAUGAUAGUGAUAAUAUUAAUUAGCUAUUUGUGUAUGUCAAUACUAAUCUAGAGCUACUUAAUUUGUUCU